CGAGGCCCGGUCGCCAUGACAACGGAGACGCCACAGCGGCCAACCCAGCAGAGCUCAGCAUGAGGAGCAGCUUGGAGGAGGCCGACCCUGCUGCGGCCCCCACUCCGGCCCCGGCCCAGGCGGAAGCUCCAGCAUCUAUUGCUACUCUCCAGGAAAGUUACUGUAAACUAUGUUCAGAAAAGUCCCAGAAUAUUAAUCCUUUUAUAUUGUGUGUACUCCAAAAAGUGGAUGAAGAAAUUAAAAAGGGACCCAAAGAAGGAAUCACAUUGAGCAUUGCAGGUAACAAUCGCUUAAUCCCAGUACAAAAAGUGACAGCUGAAGAUUUUUGUAUUCUUUCUAAACUUCUAAAGGAUAAUCCGUAUAUUAAUGGUUUGGAUGUUAGAUAUAAUCUCAUAAAUGAUAUUGGUGCACACUAUGCUGCGAAACUUCUUCAGAAACAACUGUACCUCAUUUACUUAAACCUUAUGUUUAAUGAUAUUGGGCCCGAAGGUGGAGAAUUGCUUGCUAAAGCAUUACAUAAGAAUACAACUCUGAAAUACUUAAGAAUGACUGGAAAUAAGAUUGAAAAUAAAGGUGGAAUGGUUUUUGCUGCAAUGUUGCAAAUUAAUUCAUCCUUAGAGAAAUUAGAUGUGGGUGACUGUGAUCUGGGCAUGCAAAGUGUGGUAGCAUUUGCCACAGUACUAACUCAAAACCAAGCAAUUAAGGGAAUAAACCUAAACCGACCUAUACUGUACGGGGAACAGGAGGAGUCCACAGUCCAUCUAGGUCACAUGUUGAAAGAAAAUCACUGCCUUGUUGAACUACACAUGUGUAAGCAUGGUAUAAAAAACUGCGGUUUCCAUCAGUUAUGCAAUGCACUGUAUCUGAACAGUAGCCUACGAUACCUUGAUGUCAGCUGCAAUAAAAUAACUCGUGAUGGAAUGGUGUAUUUAGCUGAUGUACUGAAAACCAAUGCUACCCUGGAAGUAAUAGAUCUUUCUUUUAACAGAAUAGAAAAUGCUGGUGCAAACUACCUCAGUGAAUCUCUUACUUCACACAACAGGAGUCUUAAAGCAUUGUCAGUAGUCAGCAACAACAUAGAGGGAGAAGGACUUGUUGCACUUUCUCAAUCAAUGAAAACAAAUCCUACACUAUCUCAUAUCUACAUCUGGGGAAACAAAUUUGAUGAGGCUACAUGUGUGGCAUAUUCAGAUUUAAUUCAAAAGGAUCGUUUGAAGCCAGAAAAUACUGAUGUGGAGCCAUUUGUGGUAGAUGGACAUGUGUAUCUAGCAGAAGUCUCCAAUGGCCUUAAAAAACAUUACUAUUGGACACCAACUUAUGGAGAUGCUUAUGGGCACUCAUCAAACUCAGGCUUUGCUCUUGUUCCAGUAGGUCAAAAUUUAUGAAAAAUAAGCUAUAAAAUAAUUUUCAUACCAUCUUACUUUUUACAGAUUAAUAUUUUAUAGCCUUUUUUCUUUCUUAAAUUAGAAUGAGUUGCUUUUAUUAACUGUGUAAAGCUUUGUAUAGCUGUUCAUUGUGAAAAACUGUGUAAUUUUAAAAAAAAAUUUUACAAUAUAAAGAUUAAAAACUUAACCCCAGAGAAGCCAAGGAACUAAAUGAGUUCUUUGUAUAAUGAAAAUAUAACCAAGUAGUAAAAUAACAUAGGACAAGUAAAGGUCACUCUAGCUAUCUUAACUGAAAGUUGUUAUGAUGUGGUAGAAAGGCCUCCGGUGGCAAAUUCCCAGUGAAUGUUGAGGAGUUUCAAAAGUUAAAAAAAAAAAAAAAAAAAAGUUCUAAAGUUGAAAAAGUAUUCUACAUGUCCUAUUUAGGUGUUAUAGAUAGGUGCUAAGAGCAUUUUCACAAGUUCAUGCAAAAAAAUAUAAACCUGUAUGUACCCUAGUCGAAAAGAAGUCAGUGCUGCCAGCUCCUCUACCCUCCUCUCAUAGACAACCAUUAUCCUGACACUCAAUACUAGUUUUGCCUAUUUUUGAACUGUAUAUAAAUGGAAUCAUAUAGUAUAUGAUCUUUUUAUAUCUCAUUCUUUUGCUUGUAAUUCAUUCAUAUUGUUUAAUAUAGUAGUCCAUUCAGUUUUCAUUGCUUUGAAAUAUUCAUCAUGUGGUAGGUAGCAGAAAAGAAUGGCCUUUUAAGAUACAACAUAAUCAAAUUAAAGUAAACCUUAGCAAUGAA